GAUCCAAUCCUGAUUGAUACUGUUGCUGGCUCCUUGCUCCCCCGAAAGAUGAACGGAAGGGACGACAAUGACGAGAAGGGUUUGCUGUGGAAACUUCCGGUGGUCAAGUCCAGGAAUUUCGGCAAGGUGGGACCCGCCUUCGGAAUUGGCGUCGGCUGUGGCUUCGGCGUCGGAGUUGGCCUUCUCGGAGGGGUGGGACUUGGUCCUGGAAUACCUGGAUUGCAAAUUGGUUAUGGAUUCGGUGCUGGUUGUGGGGUUGGUUUAGGAUUUGGGUAUGGCAUGGGGAGGGGAAUUGCUCAAGAUGAGAACAAAAGGUACUCGAAUGUUGGAAAUCUCUUUCGUAACUCUGGAAGCAUUCCUUCUCAGGACGAUAUUGCUGCACUUGUGGAUGAACUUGUCAUUAAUUCCAAAAAGCUUAUCAGAACGACAACUAAAGAAAUUGAGAAGUGGAGAAGAUGAAUGGAAUUGAAUUUGCUGAAUUAUUUUAUGUAUAAUUUUAUAAACUAGUGAUAUAGUAAUUCAUUGCAACAUUAUAGCAUGAGUGGCAUGGUUUAGUAGUAAAAUGUGACUCAAAUUUACAGUUAAUGUUGAAAUUUACAUUCCCCAA